CAAUGAGUUCUCACCCGAAACAUCCCGAAACCCUCAGCACCACGAUAGCGUUUCUGAUAGUUUCUUCGCGUUUGGAGAUUGAUUUGCGCGCACCAGUGAUAAGCCACUGGUCAUUUCAAGAAAUAAGCUCGCGGGCAUAUCAGCGGUCAGUUUCAAUCUGCGUGCGUAUAUAAAGAAGUCCUGACCUCGCUCCUCCAUGGCCUUUUUCGUCCCUCGUUCUUGUUUGUUAGCCUCCGAUAUACCCCCGUCCCCCCACCUCUCUCUCGCUCUCUCUCGUUCCCUCAAGAAAAAACCUCUUCAGCCGCUCCUCGACAGAGACUUUUCGCCACCAUCGAUCCACGGAGAUCGAGCCCGGUCAGAUUCGUGGCCCCCCCAGAGGCGGCGGCGCGCCCCCGAUCUGCAGGCCCGCUGGCCACCGGAGGCUCUCCGACGACCCCCCCCCCCCCCCGCCACCGUGAGAGGAGGCGCCGCCGGGCGCCAUGUCGGGCAUCGGCCGCGACCUCAUGUUUCUCAUCCUCCAGUACUUAGAGGAGGAAAAGUUGAAGGAUACCGUCCACAAACUGGAGCAGGAGUCGGGGCUUUUCUUCAACAUGAGUUACUUCGAGGAGACCGUACUCGCCGGGGACUGGGAGGAGGUGGAGAGGUACCUGUCGGGGUUUACGAAGUUCGAUGAUAAUCGGUACUCGAUGAGGGUCUUCUUUGAGAUCCGAAAGCAGAAGUAUCUCGAGGCCCUUGACAGGCAUGAUAAGGGCAAGGCACUAGACAUCCUGAUCAAGGAUCUGAAGGUGUUCUCGGCAGUCGGUAAAGACAUUGUUAAGGAACUUACUCUACUCCUUUCUUUGGAGAACUUCAGGGAGAACGAUCGACUAUCUGAGUAUGGAGAUAUCCAGCCGGAAAGGGCGCUGAUGCUGGCAGAGCUCAAGAAGUUGAUUGAGGUGAAUCCCCUAUUCCUUAACAAGUUGCAGUUUCCUCCCAUCAAUAAAUCAAGACUUCGCACCCUCAUUAACCAAAGUUUAAACUGGCAACAUCAGCUCUGCAAGAACCCUAGUCCAAACGCUGAUAUUAAGACCCUUUUCGUUGACCAUUCUUGUUCCCAACCAAAUGAUGCGCCUGUGCCGUCUCCAUCCCCUCCGCUUGUGAAUGUCAUGCCAAAACUCGAAGCAUUUCCCCAACUGCCAUUUCAGCAAGCUGCAGCAGCUCUGCCAACAUCCUUUGCAGGUUGGAUGGCUAACGCUAGGUCCCACCCUGCAUUCUUUGGUGCCCCCGUUGGUGAUCUAGCAGCUCCUCCUCGUGCACAUUCUCAUUGUCUCUUGAAGCGUCCUUUGACUCCCCCAAACGGAAAUCCUGCUCUGGAUUAUCACACGGCAGAUUCAGGAUAUGUGAUAAAGAGACAGCGUCCUAUGGGAAUCUAUGAGGAGGUUGGCCUGCCUGCUGCUCAUUUGCCUAUUGGAUCCUCUGGCAUCGCACAGAGCCAGCAUGCCCUUGAUGAGUUGCCCAGGACUGUUGCAAUGACUCUAAAUCAGGGUUCUGCUGUCAUGAGCAUGGAUUUUCAUCCUGCUCAACCAACUAUUCUUUUAGUUGGAACAAUUACUGGUGAAAUCUCACUGUGGAAUGUAGCUUCUGGGGAGAGGAUUGCUCAUAGAAGUUUCAGAGUUUGGGAUCUCCGAACAUGCUCAGCCUCCUUUCAGCAGACAGCUCUAGCCAAGGAUCCCACUGUAUCUGUUAACCGUGUGAUAUGGAACUUUGAUGGUACUCAAUUCGGUGUUGCAUACUCCCAACAUCUUGUGCAUUUGUUUACAUACAAUGGCCGUGAUGGCAUAUCAAACCAUCUAGAGAUUGAAGCACAUGUUGGUGGAGUUAAUGAUGCUGCCUACUCUCAACCUAAGAGACAAGUGUGCAUUGUGACCGGUGGAGAAGACAAGAUCAUCAAGGUAUGGGAGGCUGCUACUGGUGUGCUUCAGCAUACUUUCGAAGGUCACGAAGCACCUGUGUACUCCAUAUAUCCACAUUUUAAAGAAAAUAUUCCGUUCAUCUUUUCGACUUCUCUUGAUGGGAAGAUUAAAGCAUGGCUGUAUGAUAAUAUGGGCGAAAGAGUUGAUUAUACAGCACCUGGUCAAUGGUGCACUACUUUGGCUUAUAGUGCUGAUGGAACAAGGCUGUUUUCUUGUGGGACUGGCAAGGAUUUAAGGCCCUAUAUUGUUGAAUGGAAUGAAUCUGAAGGGACGAUAAAGCGGACAUAUCAUGGUUUACGCAACCAAGUUAUGGGUGAGGUAAAAUUUGAUACAAUAAAAAAUCGGUUCUUAGCUGCUGGAGAUGAGUAUAUGGUCAAGUUUUGGCACAUGGACAACACCAACUUACUGACAACCACUGAUGCGGAUGGUGGUUUACCGGCAUCACCACAUAUCCAAUUUAACAAGGAUGGGGCCUUGCUGGCCGUCUCAGCAAAGAACAACCGUAUUAAAAUUUUAGCAAAUGCUUCUGGUCAGCUGCUGCUUUCCUUGGCCGCCAGAUCAGCUUCUGAGUCCAUUCCAAAGGAGAUUUACUUAGAACCGGCCAUUAGACCAUUGGGAAGUGUCAGUGCAAUGGCUGGAACUAGUGCUUCAGUUGCUGAUAGAGGUGCUCCUGUGACAACUGUUGUUGCAUGGAAUGAGGAGAGUCAGAGUUUGGAGGAGGUGAAACCGAGGAUAAUUGAUGAAUCAAUUGAGAAAUCUAAGAUUUGGAAGUUGGCCGAAAUCAAUGAACCAUCUCAGUGCCGUUCUCUGAGGCUUCCAGAUAGUUUGGUAGCAGCUAAGGUACCCAGAUUGAUUUAUACGAAUUCAGGACAUGCUAUAUUGGCACUGACAUCAAAUGCUGUUCACAAAUUAUGGAAAUGGCAGGAGACUGACAGAAAUACUCCUUGGAAGGCAACAACAAGCAUACCACCACAGCUGUGGCAACCUUCAAGCGGUAUACUAAUGACUAAUGAGAUUGGUGAUGCAAGGACAGAAGAAAUUGUUCAUUGCCUUGCUCUGUCAAAGAAUGAUUCAUAUGCUGUGUCUGCAUCAGGUGGAAAAAUUUCCCUUUUCAAUAUGGUGACAUUUAAGACAGUGACAACCAUCAUGCACCCUUCUCCAGCAGCCACUUUUCUUGCUUUUCAUCCACAAGACAAUAACAUCAUUGCCAUAGGCAUGGAAGAUUCCACAAUCCAAAUCUACAAUGUCCGCAUUGAUGAGGUAAAAAGCAAUCUCAGAGGGCACCAGAAGAGAAUUACCGGUCUUGCCUUUUCUAACAUGCUAAAUAUACUAGUCUCAUCAGGAGCAGAUGCUCAGUUGUGCAUAUGGGCAGCAGAUGGAUGGGAGAAACAAUCUAAUAAAUUUUUACAGAUACCUAGUGGACGAAUGUCAGGUCCUCUUUCAAAAACAGAAGUCCAGUUUCACAAUGAUCAGCUCCAACUAUUGGUUGUCCAUGAUACACAGCUAGCAAUAUAUGAUGCAGGAAAAUUGGAAUGCCUUAAACAGUGGGUACCCCGUGAUGGAAUAAUUACGCAUGCAACAUAUUCAUGCGAUAGCCAGAUGAUAUAUGCAAGUUUUGUGGAUGGAAGCGUGAGUAUCUUUACAGCAGACCUUCGAUUGAGGUGUCGAAUUAGCCCGUCAGCCUAUCUGAAUGCCCAACCCAGCUCAAAUUUAUAUCCACUCGUCAUUGCUGCCCAUCCUUCUGAACCCAACCAGUUUGCGCUGGGGCUGACUGAUGGAGGUGUCCUAGUACUGGAGCCUUUAGAAUCAGAAGGGAAAUGGGGAACUGCACUUCCAGCAGAAAAUGGUGUUUGAUUAAGUGCUAGCUCCAGCCAGGUUGUGAGAAAUUCUGCUCAAGAUCAAUCAUCAGAGCGAUGAUAAAUGCCAAGAGCAUUAGCAACUGACAGAUUUUCUUUUUCUUGUCGUUGCGCUUAAACAUCUGGAAGUUGAAGUUUCCUCAACUUGUCAGAUACAUGGAUCACCUGAAGGGUGAAGACAGACUGCAGUUGACACAAAUUGCGGCUAAGUUACUCAAGGCACAUAACCAUUCUCCGGUAAGAGAAAUGACUGUCAUGAACAAAGGUUAAACCGAAACAGAAAAAUAGAAUAGAGAUGGGAAAGAGGGAAACCUGAGAGGUCUGGACUUGGUUAUUUUGUUUUAGGUCUAGCAUCCCUCCCCUAGUCAAGUGUUAGAUAUGGGUAGAGAUAAGUUUGUUUAGAAAUCUUUUGUUUUGUUUUUGUUUUUUUUCUGGCAGAUUGAAGUUCAGUUUUACAUUGUAUGGAUGUGUAUUUGUCCAAAAUUUUCAUUCAAGUGUGCAUGUUACUGACCUUUUUUCCUUGGUUUCUCUGGAUUUCUGUAUGAUAUGAUGCAAAUGUUAGAAACACUCUUCAGAAAUUCUUUAUUUGAAACAGGAUACCUUGAUUAGUUUAAAAA